AUGGAAGUGGAGGGUGGCAACAAUUUUAACGGGGGAGUACGGAGGAGGAGAGGAUGCACGUUUGAGAAAAACGACUUCUUCCCGGAGGAGUCGUUUAAGAGUUGGGGUAACUAUGGAAAAGCGUUGAUGGAGACACCGUUCAGGUUGAAGGAUAGGGUCAUGGCAAGAUCCAAUGAUGACACGGAGCUGGUGGAGAUGAAGGCUCGGAGUAACCACCAAAUGAAGAGGACGCUCAAUUGGUGGGACCUCAUGUGGUUCGGCAUCGGCGGUGUCAUCGGCUCCGGAAUAUUCGUCCUCACCGGACUUGAGGCACGUGAUGCUGCGGGCCCCGCAGUCGUGUUGUCCUACGUCGUCUCCGGCAUCUCCGCCUUGCUCUGCGUCUUUUGCUACACGGAAUUCGCCGUCGAAAUUCCCGUCGCAGGUGGGUCAUUUGCCUACUUAAGGGUGGAGCUGGGAGACUUUGUGGCCUUCAUAGCUGCCGGAAACAUCCUCCUUGAGUAUGUAAUAGGCCAAGCCGCAGUAGCUAGGUCAUGGACCUCUCACUUUGCCACAUUGUGCAACAAACACCCUAAUGACUUUCGUAUAAUAGUCCACGACAUGGACCCAAUCUAUGGCCAUCUUGACCCUAUAGCUGUUAUAGUCCUCAUAGCCAUCGCAACCCUUGCAGUGUGUAGCACCAAAGGCUCUUCCAUCUUCAACAACAUUGCCACAGUCGUCCACCUAGUUGUUCUUGCCUUCAUCGUCAUUGGUGGCCUCUCCAAAGCCAACCCCGAAAACUAUACUUCUUUUGCUCCUUUCGGUGCCCGAGGUGUGUUUAAAGCUUCAGCUGUGCUUUUCUUUGCUUAUGUAGGGUUUGAUGCAGUGUCAACAAUGGCUGAGGAGACUAAGAACCCUGCAAGGGACAUUCCUAUUGGUCUUGUUGGCUCAAUGGUGAUUACAACGUUUGUAUAUUGCUUACUAGCAGUAACACUAUGCCUUAUGCAGGACUACAAGACCAUAGAUGUAAAUGCACCCUUUUCAGUUGCUUUUACUGCUGUAGGCUGGAACUGGGCAAAGUACAUUGUUGCAUUGGGAGCAUUGAAAGGAAUGACCACUGUGUUGUUGGUGACUACAGUUGGUUCAUCUCGUUAUCUAACCCACAUUGCACGUACGCACAUGAUGCCUCCUUGGUUUGCUCAUGUUGAUGAGAGAACUGGGACACCUUUGAAUGCUACAUUCUCAAUGCUUGCAGCUACAUCUUUGAUUGCUUUAUUCACAGAUCUUGGUAUUCUCUCCAACCUCUUGUCAAUUUCCACUCUCUUUAUCUUCAUGCUUGUGGCAGUUGGGCUUUUGGUGCGCCGCUACUAUUCAAGUGGAGUAACUACGAAAGGGAAUCAAGUGAAGCUCAUUGUGUGCCUUGUGCUAAUUAUUGGGUCUUCAUGUGGCUUUUCUGCUUAUUGGGCAAACAGUGAUGGUUGGAUUGGGUGGGCAAUAACUGUGCCAUUGUGGCUUUUGGGGACUGUAGGUCUUUGGCUUGGUGUUCCACAGGCAAGGCAGCCAAAACUUUGGGGGGUUCCUUUAGUUCCAUGGCUACCUUCUUUAUCUAUUGCCAUUAACAUAUUCCUUCUUGGAUCUAUUGACAAAGAUUCAUAUAUCAGGUUUGGGAUUUGGACAGGGAUUCUCUUCGUUUACUAUGUUCUCUUUGGGCUACAUGCUUCUUUUGACACAGCAAAGGAGUUUGAGAGCAAAAAUAGUAAUGAGGAGGUUGAUACGGAGUUGAAAAAGGUAGAAGAGGGAGUGCAACGUGUAAAAAGUUAA